ACUCCAAGAAAAAGACAAAUUUUUUUAGACAAGAGAGAGAGAGAGACUCUGAGAGGGAGAGGAGAGAGAGAGAAACAGAGCGUGGCCUCUAAUCAACCCAACACCCUCUGUAAAAAAAAGCCUGACUUUCUUCUCCAUCCCCAUUUCUAUCUGCGCAUGUUUCCUUUCUCUCUCUCUCUCUCUAUCUCUAUCUCCUCCAUAAAAAAGCAAACAAAGUCCCCAAAUCUCACUCCCUCGUAACAUAAAGUUUCAACCUUUAACCCUCUCAACAACUAAAGCUUCAAUCUUUCUUCAUUCCCGCGUUUCCCCUUCUCAAACAACCCUUAAUUUUUUGUUGUUGUUCUUCACUUUCCGAUUAUGGCGACGACUGACUCCGGCGAAUCACGGCGGAUAGCCAUGAAACCUCACGGCGGAGUUCCUCCGUCAACGGAGCAGCAAGAGCAACUCCCUUGCCCUCGCUGUGACUCAACCAACACCAAGUUCUGCUACUACAACAACUACAACUUCUCUCAGCCUCGUCACUUCUGCAAAUCCUGUCGCCGUUACUGGACUCACGGUGGUACUCUCCGCGACAUUCCCAUCGGCGGCGGUACUCGCAAAGCUGCAAAACGCUCCCGCACUUGCUCAUCCUCCGCCGCUUCCGCCGUUAACUCCGUCGUCUCUAACUGCUCCGGAAUCCGCAGCGUUCCGUUUCAAGCGACACCUGUUCUCUUCCCUCAGUCGUCAAUCUCCAACGGCGUUAGCCACACCGUGACCGCUCCGCUUGAAAACGACGCAAAGGGAAGCGCUUUAUCUCUCUGCGGCAGCUUCACCUCUCUCUUGAACCAAAACUCCGCCGCCGCGACCGUCACGCAUGGAACCGGUUCGGUUAUUGGACUCGGCGGGUUUGGAAUCGGACUCGGUUCGGGUUUUGAUGACGUCAGCUAUGGACUGGGAAGAGCGAUGUGGCCGUUUUCAUCCGUGGGUGAUGCUGCGACGACGAAUGUAGGGAGUAACGGUGGUCACCACGCGGUUCCGAUACCCGCCACGUGGCAGUUCGAGGGUUUAGAGAGCAGCAACGCCGGUGGAUUCGCCUCCAAUGAGUACUUUGCGUGGCCGGAUCUUUCCAUCACAACACCAGGAAACUCACUCAAAUGAAGACUAUUCAUAAAGCUUCCAUCUUUGCCAGAGGGUUUCAGUUCCUUCUUUUGAAGUCUCGAUUGGCAUUUUCAAUCUUUAGUGAUCUCUUACUCUUUAGUGUGUCUGGUCGGUUUUAGAUUUUGUGUAUGGGAACUAGAAAACAGAAAGUUUGUGUUUUUUUUGCGUUUUGAGAUCUUACCUUGUUACUUUCUACUCUGUUAUAAGAGUGUUCUUGCACAAGUGAUAUCGAGUUGAAAUGAGGAUACUUUGCUUAGAACAACUUUUAAUCUGAAUACUCAAGUCUUGCAAGGAACUGAUCUUGUUCAAUGAAUGAUGAUCUACACAACAUAUGACUCUUUAACCUAUGUAAUUCAUCUUGAGCUAGAUUAACUUCUGGGUUACACUGGUCUCCAGAGGAGAAAACUUGUGUACUGUUGUUGUUCACUUCAAUCCAGCUCAAUCCUGGAUCUUUAGCAGAAGCUAAUCCUCUAAUCUUCCUUCUCAUCUCUGCAACUUCCUCCCAUCUCCCGUUCACAGCAUAGAGAUUCGAUAGUAGAAUGUGUGUUGCAGUGUCUUCUGGAUCAAGUCUCAGGAUCUGCUCAGCUGCGUACAGUCCCAUCUGCAAGUUUCUUGUGUUAACACAGGCGCUUAGCAGAGUUCUCCAGAGCUCUGCUUGAUUGUUUUCCUGAAGACAUUCCUCUAUAAGUUCCAGAGCUUCGUCUAAUAACCCAGCUUUUGAUACCAAACCCACCAUGCAAGAGUAGUGCUUAAACCCUGCUUUGAUUCCCUUUUCCUUCAUUUGGUUCCAUACGAACUUACCUUCCUCUGUGGAUCCACUGUGGCUGCAGGCUACUAAUAAAGAUAGGUACGUUACUGCAUCAGGCGUGAGACCGUUAUCUACGAUUUGUUCAAAGAAACUCAGAGCCUUUUCUACCAUUCCAUGCUGACUAUAAGCUCCUAGCAUCGAGUUCCAACACUUCAAAUCCGGAUUUGAAACAAGUGAGAAUAUCGAUUCCGCGGUGUCGUAUCUACCGUUUUUGCUGUACAUGUCAAUUAGAGCUCCGCAUACCGACACAACACUAUCGAAUCCUGUCUUCACGGCAAGAGAAUGGAAAGCUUCACCUUGUCCUAGCAUCGCCAUCUCUGAACAUGCUCCCAAGACACUGCUCAGGGAAAAACCAUCAGUUCUAUUUUUUUCUCUGAGCAUUUCAACGAAGAGCUGGACCGCGCACUCGCUGUUUCCCAGUCUAGAUUGCCCUACGAUCAUCUCAGUCCACAGAACAAGAUCCCUCUCCGUGAUCACAGCAAACACCUUCUGAGCAGAUUCAGCUUCCCCGUUCUUGAAGUACAUGGACAAGAGUGUUGUUGCAACGAAAACACUCCUUUCAUAUCCCAAUUUAGUUACUUGUCCAUGGAGAAGCUUUCCAUGAACGAGUCUUUCUGGUUCCGCUGCCGCAGAUAUAACAGCAGAGAAAGUAUAUUCAUCAGGCCGAGGUGUGGACUUCCACUGCAACCUCCUAUACAUAAGAAUCGCUUCCUCACCAAAGCCGUUUUCCGAGCACCCUGAGAUAAUCGAGUUCCAUGAAACCAAAUCCGGCUUAUGAAUCCUCCCAAACACAUAAAUCGCUUCUUUCAUAUCCCCACAACUGCAAUACAUGUCAAGAAGAGCAUUUUCUACAGGCAAAUCAGCUAAAGUAUCCGAGACUAUGAUCCGGGCAUGGAUUAGCUUCCCCAGUGAGUAACUUCCCAGUUUACUACAAGCAUUCAGCACCAUCGAAUACGUGAACUGCGUUGGAUCAACACCAGACAUCAACAUGCUUCUAAAGAGCAUAAGCCCUUCUUCUAUCCUAUCAUUUCUCAAACUCCCAACUAUCAUUGUGUUCCAAGCCACAGCAUCUCCAUCGUUGACACGCUCAAAGAUUCUCCUCGCGGAAUCCAAGUCCCCGCAAGCAGAGUACAUCCCCAAAACCGAUGUCUGAACAACACAUACCUUCACUAAGCUAGUGAGAGUGGAGCUAUUGGGACUCAAGGAAUCGAACGCCAUGUGGGUUAUGAGACUGAACGCACACCUCGCAUAAUCCGGGUUCCGGCAGUACGCCGAGUAAAGCGCAUUGUAAGAAACUACGUUUCUCUGAGGCAUUUUGUCGAACACCUUCCGCGCUUGUUCCAGUGAGCCGCAUCUCACGUACAUAGAUAUGAGGUUGUUGCUUGCGUACGGAGACUCAGCCGUUACGCCGCCGGUGAGGACGAGAGCGUGGAUCUGACGCGCCCGUUUCAGUGCGGCGAUCGAAACGCAUUUCCGUGUUAGUUCUACAACGGAAGAAGCUAUUUCGUUUAGCGGCAUAAACGCUAGAAAGGCCUUUCUUCAGUUUCUCAAAACGGUGCGUUUAAGUUAAAGUCUCUUCGUAUGAUUAAAAACGCUGCGUAUCGAACAUCUCUUAAUAACAAAACGGCGCUACCGGCGAGAGAGAUUACACACUCGUCGGAAAAAAUGGCUACCGGAGAUAGAGCUUCUCGUCUUCACAUCUUGAUUGAUCGUUGUGUUCGACGCUACGCUGAAAGAGAAGUAAAUUCUCCGACGAAGGAAAUGGAGAAAAGUCUGCUUCUUUCUCUAUCGCAGGUGCUGAGAGAAAUUCGAUCUUGGAUUACCGAAAUCGGCAGUGAUGUGUCGUCGGUGAGUGCCUUGGUUCGAGUACUCUUCCUUGUGUGUAGGAUUGUUAGGCUUGGUUAUUGCAGCUAUUUGAUUAGCUUCGUUCAACAGGAAGAAGAAACUGGUGCUGCUUCGUAUGGUCCAGAAUCUGAAGAGUAUCUAUGCUUACAAAGACUUGUGGCAGAUCUUGUUGGUUUGUUAAGUAUGAAGAAUGUGCAUGUUCAACAUUUGGCUGGCAACAUUCUUGUGGAAGUAUCCGAGUCACUGGUUGAAUAUGUAGGAAGGCAAUGGGGUGAUUUUAUUCGAUUGCUUUGUGACUCUUUGCGCUUAGCAGUUAUGAACUGUAGCCCAGUUCCUGCUGUUUCUUCUGCAACUGGAUUUGAGAGUCCGGAUCUACAUUCCUUUGGUUCUGAUGCUCUUAAAUGUAAGCUGCAAAAGGCUAACUGGUGCACGGUGUCUGCUAUCUUUCGAGUUCUCCGUGAUAUAUUGAAGCGGUUGAGACAAGAAGAAAAUGAGGAACUUCUUGAUGUAUACUUGGAAUCUGUCAAUUCUACACUUGCAAAAAUCACUUGGUGUCGUGUGGAUACUUUUUGUUCUCAUUCUAAUCAUCAUGAAAGAAACUCCAAAGGUCAUAACGGAAGCAUUGCAAGCAGUGAGGAAGUAACUGUAUUUCUUGGGAGCUUUGUUCAGUUUCUAUGUUCCGUGGUUCAGCAGGAUCGCUUUGCAGAAGAUUCUGAUGGUUUUGGACCUACACAUUUGAUACUCGAAAAAACCAUCGACCUUGUUCCUGAUCUCCUCCGUUGGUGCCAACCAAAGUUAGAGAGUCAAAGUGGCUCUUGCAUGCAAAGAUACUUAGUGCACAAGUUGAUGGUGUUGAUGAUCAGACUUACUUAUCAGUCCAAUAUAAAAUGUACCAUUCUUCUUUCAUGGCUGCAAUAUUUGCAACGCCAUUUUCAAGGCUUUCUUCAACACAACUUAACUGGGCUUAAACCAGUCCAAGAUAAUUGUUUGGAAGGAUCUCCAUUUUUUGUGAGUUUGUCGGAUAGAGAGGUCAAUGAGACGCAUUCCAAACAUUUGCAAAGACUUUCUGUGUUUCUGUUCCUACGGUGCUCCUUCACUAUGCUUUAUUCAAGUAGACAUACCGACAAGCACUGUGAGUUUAAUUGUAGAAAGAAAGCGAUGGAAAAGAUGUCUAACUGGAUUGAAAGACAAAUUCCAGGCAAUACAUUUUGUGAUCACAGUACAUAUACCAAGAAGAGUGUUGACUUUUCUACAUCCUUUGUCCGGCUGUUCAUGCAUGAGGAUGAUCUAUUAUUUAAAGUCCUCCUGCAAUUUCUAUCUGUACCAUUGCAUGCAGAGGAACUGCAAGUAGGGUUUAAUGCGGAAGACCUUUCGUUUCAAACUAAGGAACAAAUUAUUCUCUUCCGUUUAUCAAUCUUGUUCAAUCCUGUAAUCCUGUUCUGUAUAUUUCUUUCAGAGCUGCAUUAUGAUCAUCAAGUCCUUCUUGAUUACCUUAUAUCUAAAGACAUUGGGGCUAGCUGUGCAGAGUACCUGCUGAGGUUAAUCCUUUUCUCCCAAGUUAUUUGCAUAUCAAGAGUGAAUUUCUCUAGAUGCUUGCGCGCAGUCUGUGAUUCCUGGACGCUGUUUGUGGAAUUUCCAUUUGAAGGAAAUGUAGAUGCUUCGUCUUCAAAGAGAAGAAAAUACUCGCUCGAGACUUGUGAGGUUGAACAGAAUCGGAAAUUAUGUUCCCAGGCCUAUGAAGAUGCUAAGGACUGUCUUCUUUCAUUGCAAAAAUCAGUCGUUAAGCUACAUCAGAAGAAUCUAUUCCCAUAUAACCCAGAAGCUCUUCUACGACGUUUGUCAAGGUUUCAAGAGCUCUGUCUACUCCACGAGUAAAUUAUCUGGACCAAAGGUAGCAUACCUCUUCGUGUGGUGCUUCUCAGGUGAGAUUCUGUGAGACAGAAGGAUCAGAUGCCAACACAAAAGAAGUCUUUCUUUCCAGAUCAACUUUCAAACUAAAUUGGCUCACAUGUAGAAUCGUCUGUAGUGAUCCUACAUUCUUGACUGGUGGCAGGAGCUAUAAUAAAAUCAGAGAGCAUAAUGCUUCUUGCCUCCACAAUCCAAAUCUGAAAGGUAUAAGAUACUCUUUAGCCAAGCUAAUGUGAAACUGCGCCAUCUAAAUACAGUAAGCAAUGUAAUGUAGAAUAUCAAGAAUCCCAAAUUAUUGAAAGCUCUCUUAUUUCAUAUACCAUAAAUAAAAGUGAGAGCGUGAGAGACACACGCUCGAAGAGCUACUUUGAUUUCAGGAUACUCUCUCAAUACACUGUUAAUAUUACAUUUUCUUUCAGUUGUACUUCGCUGCUAUUUCCUUUAGCAGUUGAGAAAGUUGUUGAGGCUUAGUGAUCAUAGCCAUGUGACCAGCUUCUUCAAUCACCUUCACUUCGUCAGGCUCGUAGUUACUAAUCAUCCACUUCUGAAUCUCCUCUGGAAGCACAUUGUCACCUUCACAGAGGAUAAACACUCUCUUCCCAGAUCCAUACCUCUCCUUCGUCACCAAAUCCUCACCUUCCAUUUCCUUUGCGUAUAACCUGCUCGGUUUCACCAACGCCAUGGCUAAUUCUACAUCCUGCAAGUUGCAAUUACUGUAUGCCUUCUCCUUCAAGAAACGAGUACCGAACAUAACUGAACUUGGCAGUUGUUCAGGUCCUUCCUCGAAUGUAAACUCAGAAUCCAUGGCGAAUCCAUCAGGUAGUCCCUUGAAAUACUCUUGAAUGAGAACGGACGGAGGAGAGUCAUGGUGCGGCAUGUAAGCAGAGAGGAAGAUUCCGACAGAGAUUUUGGUCGGAAAUCUUUCCAUGGCGAGAGAAGUUCCAAUGCCACCAUAGCUAUGACCAACAAGAACCACCUUCUCUUCCUCAGGGAGAGACUCCAUGAAACUCAUCAAAGGCUCAAGAUACUCCGAGACAGAACGAACCUCGUCGAGCCGCCUCGUGUCGAUCCCGGACCCACCAAGUUCAACAGCAGUCACUCGUUGACCGUCGGCCUUGAGCUUAGCGGCAAGUUUGAACCAGCACCACGCUCCGUGACAUGAUCCGUGGACAAGCACGAAGUGGUGUUGAUGUUGUUGUUGCAUGUGCUGUGUUUGCAUUUGAUAUGUGUUUGGUAU